AUGGAGAAAUACGAGCUUGUGAAGGAUAUAGGUUCUGGAAAUUUUGGUGUGGCGAGGCUCAUGAGGAACAAGGAGACUAAAGAACUUGUGGCUAUGAAAUAUAUUGAAAGAGGACAUAAGAUUGAUGAGAAUGUGGCACGAGAGAUAAUUAAUCACAGAUCACUUCGGCAUCCCAACAUAAUUCGAUUCAAGGAGGUCGUGUUGACUCCCACCCAUCUUGCCAUUGUCAUGGAGUAUGCAGCAGGUGGAGAGCUCUUUGAGAGAAUCUGCAGUGCUGGAAGAUUCAGUGAAGAUGAGGCUAGGUACUUCUUUCAGCAGCUUAUUUCUGGAGUCAACUAUUGUCACUCCAUGCAAAUAUGCCAUAGAGAUUUGAAGCUGGAGAAUACCCUUCUGGAUGGAAGCCCUGCACCCCGCCUAAAAAUCUGUGACUUUGGUUAUUCAAAGUCAUCUCUGCUGCAUUCAAGGCCCAAAUCUACAGUUGGCACUCCUGCUUAUAUUGCUCCAGAGGUUCUGUCAAGAAGGGAAUAUGACGGAAAGUUGGCUGAUGUAUGGUCAUGUGGAGUGACUCUUUAUGUUAUGUUGGUUGGAGCCUAUCCUUUUGAAGACCAAGAGGAUCCGAAGAACUUCAGGAAAACCAUCCAACGAAUAAUGGCUGUUCAGUAUAGGAUCCCUGAUUAUGUCCACAUAUCUCAAGAUUGUAGGCACCUCCUUUCUCACAUAUUCGUUGCCAAUCCAGCCAGGAGGACCUCAAUCAAAGAUAUUAAGACUCACCCAUGGUUUCUGAAGAAUUUGCCAAGGGAAUUAACUGAUGCAGCUCAAGCAGCAUAUUACCGUAAAGAAAACCCAACCUAUUCCCUUCAAAGUGUGGAGGAGAUCAUGAAAAUUGUGGACGAGGCCAAGACCCCUGCUCCGGUCUCCCGUUCUGUUGGAGGCUUUGGUUGGGGAGGCGAAGAGGAUGAGGACAAAGAUGACGAGGAAGAACCCGAAGAGGAGGAGGAGGAAUUGGAAGAGGAAGAGGAAGAUGAAGACGAGUAUGAUAAGCAAGUGAAGGCUGUGCAUGCAAGUGGAGAAGUGCGUCUCACCUGA